AUGGCUUCUGUGGUGGCCUUUAUAUUUUUUUCUUUAGUGCCCAUUUUAUAUAUUAAAGUCCAUGCCACAACCAAUUCUAGAAUGUUCACUGGAUCCAGUCAGAAUGAUAUGUGUGUACGCAUAAUUAAAAAGUUUCAAUACUAAUGACAUGCAGUUGUGUUUUUGCCGUUCAUUACAGUAAUUGAUUACUGCUUUGCCAAUUACAGUGGUAUUUUCCUCAUGAGCACAGUGUAUUUUCUUACUUACUGUGCAGUCAUGAAGAACAGGCCUUGGAUUUAUCCAAAAUCCAUCUUACUUGGUUUUUUGAGUGGCCUGAUGUGGGGAUUAGCCACAUAUGCCCGGCUUAUGGCAAAUUACUACCUAAGUGCAGUGAUCACAUUCCCUAUAAUUAAUGCGGGUUUUGGUUUAGUAACUCCUCUGUGGGUAAGUGUGGUAUUAAAAGAGGUCAAAGUAGGUAACUUGCUUCUGUUUGCUUUGGCAUCUUGUGUUUUCCUGGCAGGCUCCCUGUUAACUGCAUAUACAAAGAUCCGAUUCUGUACAUUAUGUUACCACAAGGAGGCAAUGGUGGAUCAAGUUUUAAAACAAUGUUCCUGCCAAACUUUGCAGUCACUGAACAGUCUUAUCACUUCCGUAAUGCAUUUGCAGCUGCUCAGUAGCAUGUUUCUUGCUCUAGCAUUUUAACUGCUAUCAAAAUUAAUUCAAGGUGUUGUGUAAGCUCACGUGUAUUUGAAUUCAACUGUUAUCCCUUUCUGACUAGGCAAUACAUAGAGUUUUAUGUUUGUGUAUUUGUUGUAUUUAUUUAACUGAGUCUGAGGCUUUUCAUGAGGGUCCCCAUCUUUUCUGAGAAGUGAUUUGUCAUGACAGACUGACAAAGACUGGACAAGCAGUUAAAAGUGUAUAUAGUCAAGAGUACAGUCUAAAGCUCUACAGGUUUAAAUAAUACAUUCCCGAUGUACUUAAAUGACUACAUAGUUUGUAAUGCUUUUGUGCAUGUGUCUUGUUCUCUUUACUGGAGCCUAUCAUUAUUACAUCUUAUUGCUUCACAUAUUCACACCAAUAAAUUAAAGUACAGAACA